CAUUAAACUAUGAAAAUGGCAGAUUACCAAUCAUCCUUUCCCCUCUAUAGGAAACACCCAUCAUUGCAGCCAACAAUCCCUUUCAUCCUUGGAAACCUGAGCUUCUAAGUUCAACAUUCCCACUUUGCAAUUUAAAUACCACAUUCUUUGCGGCAAUCCAUCCUCCCUCCCUCUCCCCUAUCCACCUCACCCCCACCCCAUCCUAUCCCAUCACACUAAAUUAAUAAAACUUCUCACUCUUCUAGUUUCACUUUCUUCCUAUGAUGGAUCCUUCCUCCACAAACUCUGUAAAUGGUUUCUACAAUUAUCUGACCAGAGAGAUAGAUGAUCUUGAAGGACUUUUCUUGAACAGCAACUUCAUGUCAGUUCAUUUCCUGCAGAGGGUUUUAUCCCUCUUGAGAUCCUUCCACAACCAGUUGACUCUCCUCGUUCAGAAACUCCACUUGCCUGUUGGGGAAAAAUGGCUGGAUGAGUACAUGGAUGAGAGUUCCAAGCUGUGGGAAGUCUGUCAGAUCCUCAAAACAGGUCUGUCAGGAAUGGAGAAUUACUACUUUGCAGGUCACAACAUAGUUUCUUCUCUGGAUGUCCAUAGCCAUUUGAGCCCACAGCUUUCCAGACAGGUGAUCAGGGCAAUAUCAGGGUGCAGGAGGGAGGCAGUGGGGCUGGAGGAGGAAAACAGGUCAUUAAUGGAGACAAGAAUUGAACCCCUAUCCCUGAAGUUAGAUGAGAAGGUGUCUGUUGAAUCAAGGCUGAAUGGAUUCAAUGGGUUCAGGGCAGUGCUCUAUGCAAUGAGAAAUGUGAGUUCCCAAUUGCUAAUGAUCCUGAUCUAUGGCCUAGUCCACUGCUGGCCAGAGCCAAAUUCCCCAAGAAAUGGAUAUGAAGGGUGCUUGUUGUACGGAUCACCCUUCAUGAUUUCAACAGCCAGGCUGCAUCAGAGGGUGGCAUCUGAAAUCACCCAGCUCACAGGGAGGCCUGGAAUUCUCCUACAUGAGUUCAGGAGAUCAAAGGCUGCCAUGGAAGAGCUGAGGGGGGAGUUAGAGAGAAGAUGCUCACAGUCACAGGGAGGGAUUGUGGAGCGGGAAUCAGAAGUUGGGAUUAGGGAAAGAGUGGAAAGCUUGAAGGGGUGUUUGGGGAUUUUGAGGGCUGGGACUGAGAAUAUAAUUGGGCAGCUUGAUGAUUUUUUGGAUGAAAUUGUUGAAGGAAGGAAGAAGCUCUUGGACUUCUGCAGUCACAGGAGAUGCCCCUUUAAUCAUCUAAGGAUAAACCCAAAGUGGGAAGUUCUUCAAAAGCAAAGAAACAAUUGAGCAUAAAGCAUGGUUUUCAGGCAAUCAAGCAUGAGAAUCCAAUGGCCGCAGUCAGUCAGCCACCAUAAAGAUAAAAAGCAAAGUAAUAAAUAAAUAGUGAAAAAAAAAAAAAAAA